AGGCCCACCAAUUUUCGACCGUUUGUUUGCCUUUUCCCUUUCUCCCUUAACGAUCCUCUCUCUCUCCACUCUCUCUGCCAGGCAAAAACACCAAUCAUGAAGAUCCUUCAACGUUAAACUCCUUCAAAUCAUCUUAAACUAAAGAAAAGUUCAAUCUUUGAACCCAAGAAAAAAAUAAAGUUUUUGGUGGUUCUUGAAUAGCACUUAAUGGGUUGUUUUCUUGGGUGCUUUGGUGGUGCAAAGAAUUCCAAACGCCGCAAACAGAGGAUUAAUCGGGGCAGCCCUAGAAAUCAAAGAGACGGGGUUCGGAAUGUUCAGCAGCAGCAGGGUGUAAUAUAUGCAGAACAGAGCAUUACGGAAAUUCCCUGUAAGGAAAUACCCACGACUAACUCGGUUUCAGAGUUGCGAGAUAAGCCUGAGGGAGAGGAGCAAUUGAUCCCAAGCCCAAGAAAAAGAGUUACAUUUGAUACAAAUGUCACAACAUACACCCAUGUUUCCAUCUAUGAAAGCACUGAUUCUCUACCGGAGAACAAUAGAUCCAUUGAGAAAGAGGAGGAAGAUUUAGAAAGGUCUCGGCCACCCCAAUCGCAUUCACUCUCUGAAAAUGACAGUUCUGUGGCAUCCAGCGUGGGAUUGUAUCCUCAGAAUCAUAGGUACCAUAAUGUUAUGGAGGGUAACAAUGAAACUGAGGAGUAUGGUGACAGUGACUUGGAUAAUAUAGAAGAGAUGGACGAUGAAGGUGAUUCUGAUUACUACAAUGAAGAUGAUGGAAUUGUUUGCCAAGAAGUAUGGUCAGAGUCAGUUUUAACUGCAUCUAUGGAGUCAAGGACAGAAGAUCUUUCAGCUCUAGUUAUCAACGAGGAAGUAGCGAGUCCUUUGAUAAGGAUUGGACAGCCCGAGAGGGAAAUGGAGGAGUCUGGACCAAAAACAAUUUCUAGAGAUAGAAGUGACUAUGUCAAUUCCGUGCUGAACCCUGUUGAGAACACUACUCAGUGGAAAGCUGUGAAGUCGAAAGGGAUGCAGCCUUUGAAGCCACAGAAGGAGAACUUGGUUGCUGACCUUGACGCACCCCACAUUUCUUUCAGUAGUUUUGAACCGACUUUCAAGCAAUCUUCACAUAGUUUGAAGCCAAAAUUGGGUCAGUUGAAGAAUGCAAACAAUGAGAUUGCCGUUGAUUCUAGUCUUUCGAGCUGGUUGGUUUCGCCUGAUAUCACUCCUGCAAAGAAGAAUAGUUAUAGUGAUCUUGAGACCACUACGCCCGAAAAGAACAUACCAGUAGGGUCGACUUCACCGAGGAGCUAUGAUGAUCGACCUAUUCUAGGUGCAUUGACAGUCGAGGAGCUGAAACAGAUGUCAGCAUCUUCCUCCCCGAGGAAGUCUCCUCGUCGAAACCCUGAUGAGAUGCCUAUUAUAGGUACAGUCGGGACCUAUUGGAAUAAUUCGGGUUCAGCCAAGCAUUCUGACUCAGUCUCUUCUUACAAAGGCAUACCGAAUACAACCAGCAAGUACAGAGAGGACAAGAGAGUGAAUUGGCAUUCAACUCCAUUCGAGGCGAGACUGGAGAGAGCUCUCAACCAAGGUGCUGCAGAAGCCUAAUAUACCCAAUUUCAUUCUACAGAAGAAAGAUGAAUUGAGAUUUUUUUUAAUUCUUUUCCAGUGCCCGUCCUUGGAUUCUUUUUAGUUUGUGAAUUAAAGCAUUUGUUUAUUGUACUUCUCAUACCUUUUUUAUUGUUUGUGAAUUUUGAUAUGGUUUAUAUGCAAUUUUUUGUUUAUUGUAAUAAUUUAAUCAAACUCCGUUUUAAUUGUCGAUGGAAUUGAUUGAUCA